AUGAACCUCGGCGGUGAUUUAUUGCCACAGUAUCGACAAGAAACACCAAAAACAUCACCACAUAUCAUUUUGCAUUAUUCAACAUUUAAAACGAUAUGGGAUUGGUCCAUUUUGGCUCUUACUUUCUAUACUGCUUUUAUUGUACCUUACAAUAUUGCCUUCAAGACACGGGAACAUCCACCCCGUGGUACCAUUGAUAUGGUCGCUCUUAUGGAUUCUAUCGUUGAUGUGAUAUUUUUUGCUGAUAUUUUAUUAAAUUUUCAUACAACAUUUGUUGGUCCCGGUGGUGAAGUUGUAAUCGACCCGAAUAUAAUUAGGCAUAACUAUUUUAAAUCGUGGUUUCUCAUCGAUCUUCUUUCUUGUCUUCCAUACGAUAUAUUUUAUAUGUUUAAACAUAAUGAUGAGAGGAUAGGAUCGUUACUAAGUGCAUUGAAAGUGGUACGUUUACUUCGACUUGGACGUGUAGCACGUAAACUUGAUAAUUAUCUUGAAUACGGAGCAGCAACGUUACUAUUACUUCUAUGCGCUUAUGUACUUGCUGCUCAUUGGUUAGCUUGCGUAUGGUUUUCUAUUGGUGAAUAUGAAGUUAAAAUAAGGUUUCUAGUGCCAACAAUGCCAGAAGGAUGGUUGACGAAGCUUUCAAAAGAACUGAAUGCACCCUUCAAUUAUACCUUUAAAGAUAGGCUAAGGUUGGUUGGUGGCCCUCAACGAAGUUCUGCUUAUAUUAGUGCACUAUAUUUUACAAUGUCAUGCUUAUCAACCGUUGGAUUUGGCAAUAUAGCAUCCACAACUGAUAAUGAGAAAGUAUUUGGCGUAUGUAUGAUGAUCGUUGCUGCACUAUUAUACGCUGCUAUAUUUGGCCAUAUGACUAAUAUUAUACAACAAAUGACGUCCGCUACUAUAAGAUAUCACGAUAUGAUAGCAAAUAUUCGAGAAUUCAUUAAAUUACAGGAAGUACCAAAUGAGCUUGCUGAACGAGUAUUGGAUUAUGUAAUUAGUACCUGGGCAAUGACUAAGGGUAUCGAUACCUCAAAGAAUUUGAUUCGUUUAAUUUCACCUAAGGUUCUCAGCUACUGUCCACGAGAUAUGAAAGCAGAUAUUUGUGUGCACCUGAAUAGAAAGGUAUUUAAUGAACAUGCCUGUUUUCGGCUUGCUUCUGAUGGUUGUCUUCGACAAUUUGCUGUAAAUUUUGAGAGCAAUCAUGCAGCUCCCGGUGAUUUGAUUUAUCACACUGGUGAAUCGGUUGAUGCAUUAUGGUUUGUUGUUUCGGGAUCACUCGAAGUGAUACAGGAUGAUGAAGUUGUCGCCAUUCUCGGCACUGAUUAUUUUGAAAAUUACAGAUUUAUUUGAAAGGGUGAUGUCUUUGGUGAUGAAUUUUGGAAGCAGCUUGGAACGGGUCAAAGUGCUGCUAACGUUCGUGCUCUCACCUAUACAGAUUUACAUUCCAUAAAAAAGAAUAAACUUAUGGAGGUGCUCGAUUUCUACAAAGCAUUCGCAAAUUCAUUUGCUCGUAAUAUGGUGCUAACAUACAAUCUUACUCGUCGGUUAAAAUUUCGUAAAGUAGUUGACGUGAAAAGAGAAAAGGAAUUGGAUGAGAGACGUAAAAAUGAAAAGUUAACGAUACCAGCAGAACAUCCUGUUCGGAAAUUAUUAUUUCGGAUGCGUGAAAGACAUAGUAUCCGAAUACUUCCAUCACAGCAAGCCAGGAAAAGGUCAUCGAUAAUACGUACGACUGCUACUUCAGUAGAUGAUGUGAAUGAAGUACGUUGGAGUACUGAUGUUCAACGAAAUACCGAUAAUAUUAGGUUAAAUGCACUGCCUCCUGAAUUAAAGAAAUGUUUUGAACGUAUUGAGGAGAAAUUGCACACAGUGAAUUACAUUUCUCAUAAAUUGGAAAAUUUGGAAAAGCUCGUUUUUGAAUUAUAUCAUUCCAUUAAAGGAAAUAAUGAAGUGAAUAUUAGUGGAUCGAAAAAAACCGAACAACAACAACUAUUAACUCAAACAACGGCAGUGAAUUUGAUGAAUCGAAGAAGUACGGAACCAUUUGUGUCAAUUAAUUCACCGCCACCUAUCGAAUCAACAACGCAUUUAUCCGUUUCCAUCCCACCAUUGCAAGAUCUCAAUACAGACAAUGAAAAUGAUGAAUUUCAAAGUUCAACCCAAAAUUUUGCUACAUUGCUGUACAUUGAAGACGAAAUAGCAAGUGGUAAUUUAAGUCCACCUAAAUUGAAACGUAUCUGA